GAUCUAAGCAAAGUGUCAAGUAAGAGAUGACUUGCACCAGCAUCUUGCUCCUUCGGCUGCUACACCGAAUUACCAUACAUGAGGCAGCGUACCCUUUCUCCGUCAUAACAGGAGCGUCCAAUCGAGUUCUGAGGAACAAAAAUGCAAGGAAUUUCGCGGGCUGUGCGAUCAUGCCAGGAAAUACUAAAGUCUGCAAUUUUACAGCAUUCGCGUGGGGGAGAAGUUGCCAGGUUAGAAAAGAUAGUUUCGCGUUUAAAAUGGGUUGCCUCUCCACCUGCACAGGAAAAAGGACUGGAGAAUGUAACUGUGGCAGAUGUACUGGCGACAAAGGGUAAUGAAGAAACCGGACCCUGGCUCUGGUGUCACACGAACGACGCAGUAAUUGAUGCAGUAAAAAACAUGGCGAAAAACAAUAUCGGGUCGUUACUGGUGCUAAAGCCAGGAGAGCAUCAGCAUAUUGCAGGAAUCAUCACAGAAAGAGACUACCUGAGGAAAGUAAUCGCGCAGGAAAGAUCUCCCAUCUACACAAGAGUUGGGGAGAUUAUGACUAAUGAGAACGAAUUAAUAACAGUAACUUCCGACAUGAACGUUCUUCAAGCUAUGCAACUUAUGACAGAGAAUCACAUAAGGCAUGCUCCAGUUAUAGAUGGGAAGCUAGUUGGCAUGAUUUCGAUCAAAGAUGUAGUCCGGGCAGUGGUUGAGCAGCAAAGCGGGGAACUGAAGCGACUUACUGGGUACAUCAAGGGAGAAUACUAUUAGAAGAACACAUCUCAGUUUAUGUUCAUCAAAUUACAGUAGAGCAAAUUUCAAAACUACCUCCAACAUAAAGCUUUCUAAGACUUUCAUGUGUUAGAAACGGAAACUGUAGUUCAGGUGAUUAAGAACGUUCAUCCCUGAAGUCAUGUAUUUGAAUUCCCGAUCUCCAUAUUGCUUGAUUAAUAAAGAAUCAAUUAUAAUUUUCAA